AUGCCUACCGCUUCAAACCCCACGUUGAAACUAUGGUACUCCCCAGGGGCUUGCUCCUUUGCCGCACAAGUAGCUCUGCUUGAGGCUGGACUUCAACCCGAACUCAUCUCUGUCCAAAUUGGGAGCGUGACUGAAGAGUUUGCUCACAUGAACCCGAAACGAAGAGUUCCCGUAUUGGCAGUUGGAGACCAAGUCAUUACUGAAAUGCCAGCUAUUCUUACGUCCAUCUCAGCGUUGAGCCCUGACCGGAAGUUGAUGGGACAAAAUACGAUUGAGGCUUUGCGCGCAUACGAGUGGCUAAACUAUCUUUCUGGUACUCUUCAUGGGCAAGGUUAUGGAGGACUAUGGAGGCCUGAGAGGUUUGUAAACGAUACAUCGAUGUAUCUGGCGGUUCAAGAAAGGGCGAGACAAACGAUCAAGGAUUGCUAUGCCUUCAUCGAUAGCAAGCUGAGAAAAGCCAACACUUCAUACUAA